AAAAUGGCAAAGUUCAUAAAUGCAAUGGAUGGAUUUAGUCUCAGUGAUUUAACAUUAAAAGAUGGUCUUGUAUUUGAAACCGAUAACAAUUAUGAUAACCUUGAUGAUGAUGAAUUUGGUUAUUCUGAAGAUUUACCUUUAACUAAUGAGGAAGCAUUAAAUCUUCUAAAUAUGGAUGAUUUUCAAGAUGAAGAUGAUUAUAAUGAUGACAAUGAUACUACAAACCCAGUUACAAUUUGUGGCAUCAGUUUUGAAAAAUUAAAAACUAAAAUGACUGAUAUUUUUGGAAAUGGAAAAGUUAUGAAAUUAAUUAAACAAAAAGGUGUUGGAAAUGUUGUACCACAUGAUGCACAAGUUACUAUUAAAUAUGUAGGUCAUUUUGAAUACAGAGAUGAACCAUUUGAUUCUAGUUUUAUUCGUGGAGAAGCAGAAACUUUUUAUCUCAACCAGGGCAUGUUGAUACCAGGUUUAGAGAUUGCUAUAGCAUCAAUGCAAAAGCAUGAAAUAGCUAUUUUUAUUAUACAUCCAGAUUUAGCAUAUGGAAAAUAUGGUUGUCCUCCACGUGUUCCUCCAAAUGAAGAAAUCUUAUUCAUUGUACAUUUAGUUGAUUAUGUGGACAAUGGAUCUAUUGAUAGUUUCAAACUCUUAUCAUUAGAAGAAAGAAAAAAGCUUUCAAAUGUUGUUAAAAGUAUAGAAGCUAAAUUUAAUACUGCCAAAUAUUGCUUUAAUAAGAAGAAAAUUAAGCAGGCUAUAAGAGAAUAUUCAAAAGCACUUUAUUUGUUAGAAGAAGCAGAACUAAACAACCAAGAAGAAGAAGAUAAAGCGAAAACGUUACUUUCAAGAGGUUACAACAAUCUUGCAGUUUGUUACAAUAUGGAAAAUAUGCCACGUCGCGUUUGCAAUGCAUGCAAUAAAGUUCCUAUACCUACAGCUAAAACUUAUUUCAAUUAUGGGCGGGCAUUAGGCAGAAUGGGAGAGUAUUCUAGAGCAAUGGAAAAAUUACAGAUUGCUUUGAAGAUGGAACCUAAAAAUAAGGAGACUGUUAAAGAAAUUAAACUUAUAAAUGAAAAACAAAGAAAAUACUUAGAAAUAGAGAAACGAUUUUAUGGGAGUUGCUUAAAGUCCGAGAGGAAAGGAAAGGAACAUCUUUCUUCUUUUGAAAAAGUUGUAUAUGAGAUGUGUGAAGCUUUUUCUCAAGAUAAUCAAAUCUUGAGACAACCACUUCCUGAAUGUUUAACACCAGAAGAAGAUAAAUUUAUUCGCGAACAAGCCGCAGUUUUCGGCCUCAUCGUUACAACACAUCAGAGAUACGGUAGAGAAAUAACAUACCUUAGCAAACCUAAUUAUUAG